AUGGAGGUUUCCAGUGACAAGCUUUUCUGCUGCAGGGGAGUUCGUAACAAGGUCCCUCUGACCUACAGAGAGGAACUGUAUCACAUCCUGAGGAUGACGGGGCCUCUGCUGCUGUCUCGAAUCCUCAAUUACAUGCUUCCGUUUGUGGUUACAAUGUUUUGUGGCCGUCUGGGAAACGAUGUGAUGGCCGGCUAUGGAUUAGCUUCUGCUACCAUUAACGUGAGCACAGCAGCGACAGGCACUGGUCUGGCACUGGCGUGUGAUACUUUGGUGUCUCAGACCUUUGGUGGUAAGAACCUGCUGCGUGUGGGAGUGAUCCUUCAGCGAGGCAUCAUUAUCCUGCUAUUGUUCUGUCUCCCCUGCUGGGGUCUCCUCAUUAAUGCAGAGGCCAUCCUCUUAUGUCUGGGCCAGGACCGUGAGGUGGCCGGAAUAGCUCAGCUGUAUAUUACAGCCUUCCUUCCUGCAGUGCCGGCAAUGUUUCUACAUCAUCUUCAGGUGUCUUAUCUACAGAACCAGGGAAUAAUAUUGCCACAAAUGUACACUGCUGCUCUGGCAAACAUUGCAAAUGUGGUGACAAACUACAUCUUUCUUUACUGGCUGGAUCUUGGUGUUGGUGGCUCUGCAGCAGCCCACACUCUAGCUUGGAUUUACAUCUGCGCUUUUCUGUUUGUGUACAUCUGGUGGAAGAAACUCCAUGUAUCAACAUGGGGAGGCUGGUCUGCAGAAUCACUGCAGGAGUGGGGCUCCUACAUGAAGCUGGCCAUUCCCAGUACCUUAAUGACUUGUUUUGAGUGGUGGGUUUAUGAGUUUGGAGGAUUCUUUGCAGGAAUGCUGGGUGAAGAUGAGCUGGCAGCUCAACAUGCUGUGAUAAUGGUGGCUUUCAUUACUUACAUGUUCCCUCUUGGUGUUCAAGCUGCAGCAUGUGCCCGUGUGGGCAAUGCUCUUGGGGCUGGAGACACUGACAGGGCGAUUCUAUCAGCCAAGAUGUCACUGGCUCUUGCAGGUAGUUUUGCUGUUGUUGAAGGCCUCUUCCUGGGUGCUACUAAAACAAUCAUUGGAUUCAUCUUCACAUCUGAUGAAAAAAUUGUAGCUCUGGUGUCACAGUUGAUGAACGCUUAUUGUUUCCUUCAAUUUUUUGAUGGCCUUGUGUGUGUGUGCACAGGCAUCUUCUUGGGUACUGGCAAACAGAAGAUACCAGCUGCGGCUAAUCUCAUUGGAUACUACUGCAUAGGGCUUUCAUUGAGCAUCACUCUGAUGUUUGUUGUAAAACUAGGAGUGCUGGGUUUUUGGCUUGGACUGCUCAUUUGCGUCAUCUUACAGUCCACCUUUUACAUCAUUGUCAUCUUCAAGCUGAACUGGAAGAGAAUGACAGAUGAGGCUGUGAAACGAGCUCAGAAAAAGAUUUACAUGACGGCAUUAGGCACGGAUGUUGUUUCAGACACUGGCCAAACAUCAAGCAAUGGGAAUUCAGUAGAUGGCUACACACCAGUGAGUACCAAGUGCCAAGCGACACAGGGCGAACACGUGGACCACGACCCGAAGAGCAGCCAUCUCUCCAUCACUCAGCUGAUCAUCAGGCGAGGCCUCACUAUGUUUGCAGCUGUUGGACUUCUUGCUGUGGGAGUAGGUGUGUACUUCCUUGUGCCUCUGCCAGAGACGAUAUCUGCAAACUCUACAAUGGACAGGAUUAAUAGUACAGAUACUCCUGAUCAAAUCUCCACCAGUGUGAUGGUCACAUUAGAGAGAUAG